AUGACAACUACCAGAGCUGUUUCUCGACCAUCCCUUUGGGCCAAGUACCGACCAGUCCCCCGACCUAGGUUCAGCUACGUAAGCUUCAAUUCCCUGGCUGGCUUCACCUCACGCAGCGGCCCUCUUCGCGAAGCCGCUGCGGGAACCCAGACUGACGCACCAGAAUUCCCCUUCGCGCGACCGCGUGCUGCAGAGCCUCCUGCUGAAUUCGCGAAACUUCGGUCGUCUUGUCCAGUGUCUCGGGUGAAGCUCUGGGAUGGAAGUCUACCGUGGCUGGUCGUCAAGCAUGAAGAUGUUUGCAAUGUGUUGACUGAUACUCGACUCUCGAAGGAACGUAGCCGGGCUGGAUUUCCGGAAAUGAAUCCCGGGGGCAAGGCAGCUGCAAAGAACAGACCGACCUUUGUGGAUAUGGAUCCUCCCAAUCAUAUGCGUCAAAGGUAUUGGCAGUGUCAGGCCAUAUUCAAGCAGAUUCUGAUCAGUUUCGAACAGGAGUAUGGUGUCGGCUUUCUUUACUCCAGAAUAAUCUACCACAUCAUUGGAGUUCCUACUGAGGACAUGGACUACCUGACACAGAAGAAUGCGGUUCGAAGCAGCGGCAGUUCAACCGCAGCAGCAGCCCAAAAUGCCAACGAGGAAUUACUCGCCUACCUCGGAAGUCUUGUCGAUAAACGUAUUGCAGAUCCUAAGAAGGAUCUAAUCAGUACGUUGAUUACCGAACAGCUCAAUCCAGGUCACCUCGAUAGGUUAGAUGUCGUUCAGCUGGCUUUUCUCCUGCUAGUGGCCGGGAAUGCCACCAUGGUGAACAUGAUUAACUUGGGCGUCGUUACGCUUCUUGAACAUCCCUCACAACUGGAGGAAUUAAGAAGAGACCCGCUUCUGGCGAGAAAAUUCGUCGAGGAACUUUGCCGAUUCCAUGUAGCUUCCUCAUUCGCAACCCGUCGGGUGGCGAAGGUCGAUAUCACGCUGCGGGAUAAGCACAUCAAAGCUGGAGAAGGCAUAAUCGCUUCAAACCAAUCCGCAAACCGGGACGAGGACGUCUUUCCGGACCCAGACACGUUCAAUAUGCAUCGAGAGACCGACUCCGAGCAGAAUCUUGCCUAUGGCUACGGUGAUCACCGCUGUAUUGCUGAAGGAUUGGCUCGUGCUGAACUGGAGGCUGUAUUCUGUGAGCACCAAGUCCCAUGA